AUGGACGUACAUCGAUAUGUUGUCCGUCUUAUACCGUUUCUUGGGGCAUUGAUCACAUGGCGAGUCCAUGUCGGUAGGCUGCAGGAGUUCCUUAAUAGCGACACUGCCUACAAGGAUAUCGAAGAGAUCAGCUCGGCCAUCGUUUUUUUCAGCCAAGUUUACUGCCGUGUAUCGGCCGUGGCCACCCUGCUAAUCUACUGGCGCUCGCUGCAGUUGCUGUCCAUGUACAACUUCAGACUUCGACGCAUUGGUCGAUCGUUUGCCCUGAUGGCUGGGAAGCUUCUCGCCUAUGGAUGCCUUAUGCUCGUCGUCUUCCUUGGUUUCUUCGCGUUCGCCACCGCGCUAUUCGGGGCGCGCUACGUCGAGUUCCACCACGAGGGGAUCGGGUUGACCACAGCGAUGGCGAUGUUUUUCGGCGAUGUCACUGGCGUUCAACACAUCACCGAUCCACUGUUCAAACUCUUCUUUGGGAGUUUCAUGAUCGUCUUCUACAUCUUCUCCGUGCAGAUGUUCAACGCGAUCAUCAACUACGCUUACAAUCGCGUCAGCGAGGAAAUGCAGGACCAGUUCGACAGGGAGCGUCGUCAGGCGGACACCAAAAAGGCGCGCAAGGAGCUGCGGAGGAGGCUCGCAGGCACGCGGUCGUUGGUAACACAGUGUAGGAGGUGCCUUCACAGGCUGGUGCGACCCGCGGCGGCCAAGCGGAAGGUUGGCGCCGCCGCCGGGGCCGAGGAUGCGUCGAGGAGCACGGAGCACAAGAAGUCGCAGCCAGUUCUCGAGCACCUCGACGACGAGAUGAGAGAGAAGGUUGGCAAAUGGUUGAACGGGGCCGACGGCCAGCAUUCCACUUUCAAGAUGGGUAGAGUCUUCAUGUUCUUCCUGUACGCGAUCACGUACUUCUGGUUCCUCCGUGUAAACAUCAUCAUACCAGUGAACUACGAGGUGCACGCCGCGCUGGACUCGAGCAUCAAGCCGGUUGCGAUCGAGGUCCCGACGUGGGAGGAGAACAAGAUCCAGUACAUGACGUGGGACCAGCUCUACAGAGUCAGCCAGGUCAAGACCUGGAUGCAGGAGGCCCUCCCGACUGUACUGUUCGGGGACCCCCCCGAGGAGAGGCCCCCCUGCCUGGCGAGCUGGAACUGCGUGAUCCACCUGCCGAGCGCCGACGCAUCCGAUCGGCUGGUCCUCCUCACCGCGGUCCGCCGCCCAGCGGCCAAGAACGAAGGCUGCCUGAAGAGCCCGUGCACCGACGGCAGGACGCCGUUCCUCGGCGGCCCCAGCCUCGUGCCUUUCCGGCAGUCUCCCGAGGCCGGGGGCAGCAGCCAAGCGUGCACCGAGGUCUUCAACGUCACCGGGCUGCCGUGCAGCACCUCGUGCACGGGAGGGGAGCUGAAGGUCCAGUGCUUCCUCGAGGCUUACGGUGUUCCAGCCUGCUUUUCAGUCGGGCCUCUCCCUCUACAGGAGGACAUGCUCGACCUAAGCUUACGAUAUCCCAACCGAAUUUAG